AUGUCUCACGUUCAGCAAUACUGGUUGCCAGGAUAUGGACUCUCCCGCCAGAUUGUAUUAGGCCACAUCCAAUACUUCCUGGGACCAUCUGCAACUGUCCGGCCAUACACUUACCAGGGGCGCGAAGGUUACUUGAUUGUUGGUGUGCCUCUAACAAGAGAACAAAUAAACGACCUCGCAGUUAUGUCCCGAGAAUAUGAACGACAGGAGACGCUCCGAAUGGCCGGCGAAUCCAAUCCGCAAUCAGAACCCUACAUCAACGAAAUCAUCCCUGUUCGGAUGCCAUCGGGCCCUCCACGAAGACAACCAGGGGAAUACGAAUCCAGACGAGGACGAUAA